ACUGUCGAUAGUAAACAUGUACAGUACAAUGAUUCGAGUGGCUCGAAAGAAACCCUUACUUACAACUUAGCGCUUCGUGAAAAUGACCAAGUUCAUCUAUCGUGGGAUGUGAAUUUCUCCGAAGAAAAAGUGGUGUUUCGAAUACAACGUCGACAUCCACAUGCGGUUGGAUGGUUCGCCUUUGGUAUGUCAGACGAUGGCACUACGCGGGAUGCCGACUUGUUAUUUUGGUGGCAAGAAGAGGACGGACAUUUUGAAGCAAAGUGUAACAGUAGUACUCUUCUAUUGUUUAUCCUCAAUCAUAAUAAAUUAUUUUUUCAGGAUGCCUGGACGGACGAUGAUAGUAUUGUACAUAUUGACGUGAGACAGUCUUAUAAAAUUGUAGAUUACACUAAAAGACCAGAGAUAGAAAGUAUAACCUUUGAGAGGAUAUUUGAUACGUGUGACAAAAGAGAUUACGUUAUUGAGGGUGGAACUGUUGAUAUUAUCAAUUUUUCAGGAGAUGAACAAAUUACGUCACCCGAUGGUUUAAAUAUCUCAGAAUUCAAUAAUAAUAUGAAACGUGUACAAUUAUUAAAAAGUCAAAUGCAAGUUCCCCCUCUUCCUGAUGAUGUAAUUGAAAUAAAUUAUCUUGCGCCAGAAGUCCAUGUACCUGAUAAUGUUACAACGUACUGGUGUAGUACACAUAAAGUUCCCAAGCUGCCCAACAAAAAUCACAUCAUUAGGUUUGAAAGUGUAAUUACACCAGGGAACGAAGAUAUAGUACAUCAUAUGGAAGUAUUCCUUUGUGAGAGUGAUAUUAGUGAAGAAUACAAUGCUGAAUGUAAAUCUGAAACUAAACCUAAAGCCAUUGAAUCAUGUAAACACGUAUUGGGAGCUUGGGCCAUGGGUGCCGAGCCAUUUAUAUAUCCAGCCGAAGCCGGAGUUGAAUUCGGAGGACCAGAGUUUCCAAGACAUGUGGUUCUAGAAAUCCACUACAAUAAUCCACUACAACGAUCAGGUGCUGUGGAUAAAUCUGGUAUGAGGUUCUAUUACACCCCGACUUUACGCCCUCACGAUGCCGGUAUCAUGGAAUUAGGUUUGACCUAUUCACCAAGGAUGUCGAUUCCACCGAACAAUGAAGGAUUUAUUCUCAAUGGGUAUUGUACACCAGAGUGCACUGAACAGGCUUUACCGGCAACAGGGAUUAAAGUGUUCGGCUCUCAGUUACAUACUCAUCUUACUGGUACUGCAGUGUGGACUAAACACGUACGAAACGGAAACCAAUUGCCAGACCUGAAUAGAGAUGAUCAUUUUAGUACUCACUUUCAGGAUAUACGACUGUUAAGACAGCAGGUAUCUGUUCUCCCGGGUGACAUGCUGGUAACAGGAUGUAAAUAUAACACCAUGGAUAGGACUAAUGUAACAUUGGGUGGGUUUGGAAUUGAAGACGAGAUGUGCUUGAAUUAUAUUCACUAUUAUCCUCGUACAAAGCUGGAAGUGUGUAAAAGUACGAUAGCUAAAAGGGCUUUAAACAAGUUCUUCAUUUAUAUGUAUAAGAACUAUAAAAUGCCAUUAAUACGUGGUGGGGGUAUGAAGGUUAAUUAUAACAAAGUUAAGUGGUCCAGGACAACCUCGUACAUAUUACAGACAGUAUUUCAAACAAAGCCUAUUGAAAUGAUGUGCUUAGAAAACUCUGGAUCACAAUUUCCGGGUAAAUGGCAAUACGUACCUCAUCCGACAAUUACACUUCCUCUACAUAAAAAAGACCCAUGUCGAAAUAUCAACGAUUUCCUGGAAGACAGGUUUGGACUCUAA